AUGUUGUUCUCUUGCGAUACCUUUUUGGAGUGCUAUACAACAUUGAGCAACAUUCCUCAUCCAAUCAGAUGACAGCUUAUAAUUUAUCCGUUUGUAUGGCCCCAAACGUUCUUUACCCACCUGAUUCCGGCACCUUGGAAUUGGAAUACAACUUGAUAAGAAAGAUUUGUUUUGUACAAUUUCUCAUUGAAAAUUGCCUCAGGAUAUUUGGAGAAGACAUCACUUCCCUCUUGGGCGAGAACUCAAUGAGUCGUGCUAACAGCGAGAAGGCUGCAGACUCCGGCCCUAUGACUGUGACAAGCCGUUCUUUCAGAGCCAGGGCCUUUUGUCGGGGUUGCAGCACUUGCAGGCACACCCAGUGCACAGCCCCACCUUCCGCAAAGCCAGUACAGCUCUUUGGAGUUUCGCUCAUGGAUAUGUGUUAUAAAGACAACCUUCCCUUCCCAAUUCUGGAUAUGCUUUCCUUUAUUAAUCAAAAAGGGCCCCUCACAGAAGGCAUAUUCAGCAAAUCAGCCAAUAUAAAAUCCUGCAUGGUCCUAAAGGAGAAACUAAAUUCUGGGGUCAAAGUGAACCCGUACAGCGAAUCUGUUCAUGUGGUCGCAUCCGUCUUAAAGGUAGGGAAGGUUCUAGCAUUAUCCACACACGAGUAACUGAAGCUAUGAGGCACACUUUAGUCCUUCAACAAGACUCCUCAAGAACCAUAAAGGGCAUAAUAGAUUAAGAACCUGACAAGCUAAAAAACCCUUGAGAAAAUCAAAAUUUAAGGAAGCUACUUUAGGAUUUAAAAGCCCCAUGUAUUAGAAAUACUUUGUUUUCACUACACACCGCCCUCCCCACUUUCACUCCUAAAGACUCCAUGCAAAAUACUAAUACUGAAAUGACUACUAGUCAUGAUAAUAAAUUUCAAAAUACGCACCGAUACAUACACACUGUUUACCCAUGCAAACAUCCUCACCCCCCUCCUAAUGAAGGCAAACUUUCCAAAAGAAAUAGAACAGGGAA